AAUGCUGGCAGUUCAGCUGUUGUUCUCUGUGAGGUUUGAGUGUUACCAUGUCAGGCCGGUUAUCAUGCAAGAGGAAAAACUACGGCUCUACUGCAUCCUUGGUAGAUGAAUUUCCCAGCCAAGACCUUGACAUCACUGAUGACUUCACAGAGAAAUCCGUAUCUUUCAGGCCACCCAAGAAAGCAAAAUGCUUGCAAAGUGUCUCAUCAAAAACUAGAGUGAAAAAUCAUUGUCUACCUGAGCUUUCUUCAAGCAUCCCUGGCAAGUCAGAUCAAGCUCCUCACAAUGAAAAUGUGGGGAGUGAAGCUCACAUUAAUAGCGAGAUAGAAUCAAAAGCUACAGAUGUGAUUGAUGAUGAUGAUGAUGAUUUAUACAUUCCAGUAUCAAAAAAAGCCAAACUUUCAUGUAGCCCCCGCCUUGGUCAUGCAGAAACUUUGCAAUGUUCCAUCCUCAGUAAUGAGAGUAAAGCUUCCAAAUUUAUAAAAACUCCACCUGAAAUGAAUAUGAAAUGUACUCCACCAUCCGUGACUGCUUCUAAUUUAAUCAGAUUAAAUUCAACAUCCCAGAAUGAGACUGGCACAAGCAAGUAUUUUCGAUCAACCCGAUCUAGAGCAUCUACUUUCUUGAAAGAUUCUUCCAAUGAUUAUGAAUCAGGCUCCUCUAAUAAAUUGAUGAGCAUGACUAAAUUGUUGGAUGAACAACGUGCCUGUGAGACCAGAGGUAAUCGAGCUGCCCAAAACAAGCAUGGACAUCAUGAGACAGAAGAAUUCAGUUUGAGUGAGUUACCUUCAACAGCAAACGACCCUGAACUUGCCAGCAUUGAAAAAUCUAUUUGCAGUAACAAUGAACGGCUUUGUAUUUGUUGCAAACAUAUUGUUUCUUCAGUUAUUUAUGCUUCACAUCUCCUGCAAUGUGUCAAGCGUUUCAAGUACCAGGAGAAAACAAGAGUAGCGUCUUCAUCUGCUGGAGUUCUAGAAUUGCAAGAAAUCACUACAGGUGCUGAAACCCGAAAUAAGUCAGCAAUCCUGGUGAAAAGUCAAAUUCUGCGUGAGCUUGAGGGGGAUCCUGCAUGUAGCUCUGAAGCUGCUGACAACGCUGCUGACAAAACUGCUGACAAAACUGCUGACAAAACUGCUGACAAUGCUGCUGACAAGGCUGCUGACAAAACUGCUGACAACGCUGCUGACAAAACUGCUGACAAAGCUGCUGAUGGAAACCCAGCAAGAGGUUGCCUCAUGUACGAGAGCGUGGCGGGAGGUGUUCUCCAGUUCAAAGGACUAAAGAAAAAUGAAGAAGAUAAACUCACCAAGACAUUGAAGACUGAGUCGUGCAUGGUGCGCGUUGGUCGCGGCAGCGGCGAUGGGCGGGCCAGUAGAGGGGCCAGGGGGCGUCCCAAGAAGGCCACAGGCCGGACGGCGCUGCAAACAACCAAGGAAAUGCAGAGAAAAGCUCUGGUUAUGAAACGACUACAGCUCAUCACAGCUUGGCGUCCUGAGGAGCGUGAGGACCUGCACGGCGUCGCCCGGGGCUGUGGUGGGCGCGUGAGCCGCGCUGUCUCUGCCGCCGUCGCGCAGGGUAAACCGUUGUGGUCGCUGCAGUCCGAAGAACCACAAGAGUUGUCCCGUUACUACGUCGCGGAGCUCGCCCCUCACAUCGUGCCUCCUGCUGGGGGGCGAGGUGCGGACCUGACCCUCCACAGGGCCCUCUCGCAGAUACCAGGCCGUCUCAACAUCACCCAGGGCUUGAAUCUUGACUCAGAUGACGAAGACUACCAGAGCUGCUCAGCGUCAUUCAUGAGCGCUUCUUUAAGCGAAACCCAGCGCGUUCUCGCGGACUUGCUACGCUCACAGUCUUGUUUGUUUGACGAUACGAUGAACGAAGCUGUACCGCCCGCUCCGUCGGAGAAAAGUCCCGGCCAAGAGGCCGAUGGUGGAACAGUCAAGGAUGUGGGAUGCUUAGAAACGCAUAGUAAAGAAUUCCACCCUGGCAUGACUCCUAAAGUCUUCGAUGAUAUCAAGCCAAGCCCUGAAAAGCAUGACGAAAAGUGUGAAAAAAUACUUAGAAAAAAACGUAUCUCUGAUUCAUCUUCAUCGUCUGACACUUCAUGUCAUUCGGGAAAGAGAGAAUUCACAAUUAACACUUCCCCCGGCGCUAAUAAAUCUUUUAGUUCUUUACAAACGUCAAGAAAUAGCAAAUUUUAUGGCAAUAAUUCUAGUCCCGGCUCUCAAAUCCACGAAAAAUUGAACGUAUCCACUGAAAUUUUGGACUCGUUGAAGAACUGCAGCGUCGAGUUAACCCGUUGCAGCGAGGGCAAGGAAACCAAAUUAGAUGACAGAAAGAGUAAAAGAAACAGCGCCGUUAAUAACCAAUCUUCAGACGGCGAGUUUCAUGUAAGUUCUAAAAAUAUAUCGGGUAAUGCAGUGGAUGAAACCGACGAAGAAAUGUCUGAUUUCGGUCGAACUAGUGGAUCGAGGCAAGAAAAUUUAUCAAAUCAUGACGGAAACUUAGCGAAUGAUGAGUGUUUAGAGGACAGUGCAACGCCCCUGCUUCAUCUUCCAUCCUUGUCCUCUGAUGAGUUGACGACGUCUUCAGAUGCCCGUAGUAAACUAAAUAGCUCUGUAAAUAAUAAUUCAUACGGUAGUAUACAAAAAUGCAAUGAUACAUAUAACGUCGUAACAAAGUUACCAAUCGUUGUAGUAAGCAAGUUAACCUUUGGGUUGAAGAGAGAUCCGACGGUGGUUGAGAUACCGAAAGUUGCGCAAAAUAACUCGUGGUUCAAUAGAGAAGCACCGGAGUCCAGCGCUCGGAAUACCAGCGCCAGUGAAUGCGUCAGUAGCAACGAUGGCGAUGAUACUGAAGUUAUUGAUGCCAAUAAUGAGCUGAGGGCGGGUGAAGUUUUUUCAGGAGAUGAGAAACCAUGCGACAAGAGCGAGUCUCCUGCAAAAACUGAAAUUUUUGAAGACGAUAUUGCAUUUCAUGAGCAUGAAGAAAUUGAAAAUAUACUUGAAAAUACGGAAAGUAUUAGAGAUGAGGAGGUAAUAUUAAAAAAUGGUGAAAUUGGAGUAAAUUUACGACAGAAAUUAAAAGGAAAAAAUGGCAGGGCCGAUGAACAGAAACCAGUGGAUGGUAAAGACUGCGAUGGCAGAUCCGACCAGAGCACUCACUCUAAUACAACAGUAGUUUUUGAUGACCGGCGUGAAGAGUCCUGUGGUCGUCCUCAAAAAUUUAAUCAUUCCGAACACACGGAACCCAAUAAAAAGUUGCCUGAACGUGAAGAGAAAUCUUUUCUACCAUCUACAGCACUGAACGAAGACCAGGUGCCUCGAAAUGAUACCUGCAAGUCUCCAAUAGAAAUAAACGCUCUCUUAUCCAAGCCCAUAGUAUCUUCAGUCGGAAAAAUACGUUUAGGUUCGGGAAAUAAAUCUGAUGUUCUUAUUUCUCCUAAUACCCUUCUUGCCAUUUCGAAUGAAAAAGGCAAGUCUAGAGACCUGAUGAAUGUCUCGAGUGUCUGUCACGACAAUCUCCCACAGACGAUCCAAAACAAUAUCACUUCAGUUCCUGCAAGCGAUUCGAGUGACGAGGUGCUGGCGACCUUCGUGAAGAGCUCGCAAGCUGCCAGCAGACUCCUUAAUCACCAAACUUCAAGCUUUUUCUCCGUUGAAAAUGUAAGCAAACUUGAUUGUUACCUCGACGAAAGUGACUCGGCCACUUGCGAGUUCCAUGAAUGGAACUUACAGCGCUACUUUCGGUCAUUACCGAAACCCGAUGAAUUUGAUGAAAUUCCAACACAUUCACCGAAGGAAGAAGUUACCGUUACAGCAUGUGAACUCUCUCGAAUUGAAACAAUCAUGAAGUCUGAAGUUAGCAACGAUUGGCUCGAGAUUCUAAAGAAUGGAGAUGAAGCAGAUUGGACAAUAUUAACCGAUAAUGGUUCUAUUCGUGUCCAUAGCUUAGUAUUGUUUGUCCGAUGCCGUACACUGUACGACGAAUUGAAAAAUUACUAUUGUUCUAAAAAAGAACUAAAGUGGAUGGUAUCAUCUGAGUGCGCUGAAGCAUUCAUACGUUAUAUUUACGCCGGAAUUCCAAGUCAGGUUUCUCUCAGUGAUACAGAUCUGGCGUGUAUGAAACAAUUGGCUUCAAGAUAUAAAUGUGGGAGAUUAAAUGAGUAUUUACAUCUACGAUUCCCUCAAAUUGAAAGUGAAGAUCGGCAAAAUUGCUGCGAGGUCCCCUUAGAUGCAGCUAGGAAUGAAUCUGAAGAAAAGCCUCCAUCUGUGUCAAGAACUGCCGAAAGUUUUUCCAUUGAAAACUGCUCUUCAUUCUCACAAGUAAAAUUAAAUGCAAAUGAAGAAAGAACCAGCGAACCUAAUUCCUUCGAGGCAGUCGGAGCAUCAUGCAGUGAGCAUAUAGACGAGGAACUGUCGUUGCCAUCUCUACACAAUAUUGUGCGUGUCGAUGACGAGGAUGAAUGCCUUAUUGUGAGUCCUAGUCCUGAACUUGUAGCUUGCAACACUGAGUCUCCUCACUCAAGCAAAUGUGUUUUUACUGAGUCAGCUGUUGAUCCCAUGCCUUCUGACACGGUAGCGAUUGCCAGAGUUUCUGCCCCUAACGAUGUUAGCGAGACCAAAAAUAAUAACCUGGCGACCAUGAAUAAUACGUUUGAAGGUUUUGAUACAACACAUAUCAAUGCUAAGGAACGAAAUAUCACUUAUGCGUUUGCUAGCAGAUCGCAAUCGCCUGAUAUGUUUGAGGAUACCAGCAGUGAUGAAGGCGCUGGCAAUGCGGAGCAUGUUCCUUGGAAUACGACUUCAAACAAAGAUGGACCUCCUAUUUAUACUAAACCCAACCAAACUUCGAAGCCUCCGAGUCAAGAUUUAAUAUCAAAAGCGGGAAGUGAUCACUGUGGUACGUAUUUACAUGAUACCAACUCUGUUAUUACUACCAAUAAAAAUGAGGAAGUGGUUUCUGAAAAAGACAUUAUCGAUAUCACGAUGAGCGAUUCCGACAGUGAUAGCACUGAUGUUAAACAAUUAAGCUCAGACAAUGCCCCGAAUUUUCCCUGUUCUCCCGGGCAGGUGGAACGUGCUGAUGAAGAGCAAUGUCGUGUCGCUAAAGCUUAUGAUCAGACCACUGACGUUGAGUCUGCGCAGAGCAGUAAUCAAAGUGCCGUUUACACCAGCAAUAUUUGGGACGAUUUCGAGGCCGGUAAUGGCUUCGAGUUGACAGCUAUGCCAGACACGCCUAAGCUGCUUAAAAGAACAGCUCCAAAAUGCCAAUCAACUACACCAAACGAUAUUCACGGAUUGAAUUCGACAGCCAUUGAUGAUAGGAGUUCUAUCCCAAAUUUUCCAGACGUAUCUAUUGUAACGAACGUCCCAGAGGGCUGUUCUGAAUCUGGCCAGCGCGACGCAAGUGUUCGAAAUUCAGCCAAAAGGAAAUUGUGCGGCGAUAACGGGCAAAAGGAUUAUGACCUUGAAUUUUAUGACGAUAAUUAUGAUGUUUCAACUGACAUGGAAAUGGAAUUUGAUGCUAAUAGGAGUUUGGGAUCGCGACUCGGUUACCGUCAAUGUAAAUCCAAAGAAAAUUCUCAUCGGGACUCAGAUCCUCUUCAACUUCCUGAUGUAUCAGAGCUAAACUUUAUUGAAAAUGGCUGCCGCCCUGUAAAACCGCAGCAAAAUUUAAUGGAGACACAAGUUAAAAAUUCAGAUUCACUUGGCAUCGCAUUGAUCAAUGAAACAAAUCGGCGCAAGAAAACGUUCACAUUUAGAGCGCGUCGGCUCCAGAGAGAUGACGUUCCCGGGCCCAACUUUGGAUCGCUACCUCAGAGAGUUCAGCAGCUUCGACAAUCAGAUUCUCCUUUUCAACGCCCAACCACUCCUGCUGCUGCUGCCACUCCAGGAAGUGUUGGCACUCCCAUCACUCCACGCCCCGACUACUCAAACAUGGCGUCGCCCGAACUCAAGAGAGCCCUGGAGCAGUUCGGCGUAAGGCCGCUACCCAGAGCGAAGGCGCGCGCGAUGCUCAAGCACAUCUACGACCAGACGCACCCCGUCGUCCGCAGUCCGGCUUCUCCAGAACUUGGAAGACGGGAGCAAAACACAACUCCUGUUGGCCGGUCCCGCGCUGGAGCUCACAGAGCUAAACGAGUGUUCGCAGGAAGAACCGCCCCACCACCCGCCGUGCCCGCAAGCCAGGGGCCUGUGCAGCCCAGUGUGGUCGACUUAUCUUCCCCCGAUGACGAUGAAGGAUGCUUAGAGGAGUCAGCGAUACUGUCACAACCUCUGUCAGACGACGACUCGGACUCCACAAACCAAGGAGGGCCUAAGGUACACGAGAGACUGCGGGCCCUGAUCGCGUCUGAGCCGUCGCUGCACAGAGCCGUGCUGCUCUACCAGCCUGUGUGGCUGCAUCACAUCAAGCAACUCGCUACUGACUCCGGCAUCAAGUGCUCCAUGGCCGUCCUCGUCGAUUUUCUAGACCAACAAUGCAUCACCUUCAAGAUGGGCAAGCCCGGAGUCCAAACUCAGUCUCGUCGGAGAGUGCACAAGAGAAAACGUCCUUCAUAACCGUUGUAAAUUAUCAAAAUGUUAAUGAAAAUAUCAAAGUCUGGCGUGGAACCGGUUUUAUUUACUAUUCUGUUUAAAUAUUAAAAUAAUGUUCCCGAUUCAAAGAAUAGAAAUGUUUGAAACACUUGCUGUUUGUACCUAUAUUUAAGUACUUGUGAAUGGAGACAGAUGUUAUUUGGAAUCAAAUUUUUAAGGAAUGUUGUUAAUUGUUAAGAAUAUCAAUGGAAUGAAUUAUUUGUAGCAUGAAGCCUGAUAUCUCGUUCGCCAUUCAAUGAUUUUAUAAGUGCCUUGGUUACAUACUCGAAUUAAAUCUUAGA